AUGUGGGGGUUGGGGUGGGGUCGGGGUCUGCGUAUGGACGAGGCGAAGGUAGGCUGGCGUGGAGAGCAGGACGUCCACGGCAGAAGCGAUCGCGCACUGACUUGACAGCACUCGGGACCGAAAUCGAGCAUGUCCUGGGGAUGGCGCAAUGGCAGAACGAUCUGGUUGGUUGACGAGGGGAGGACCCUGAUCGGCACGCAGCAGCAGGGUCGGGUCAGAGCUCGCCCUAGAGCCUGAACUGAGGCCAAGUUGACUUGCGAAGGACGAAGGCCGAAAUGCAGCUCAUUGGAGAAGGCCGGUUGGAUUUGACCCCGUGUGCAUCAAUCGGAGUCGAGGUGCUCCGCAUGGCGAAUGCGAGGACUUCCGAUUCGGCCGUGUCCGAGGUUCUGCGCGGUGGUCUAUAAUUAUACUCUCGCUCGCUCGCUCGCUCGCGCGCUCUCUCUCUCUCUCCGAGGCAAGUGCCGGUCGGUCCACCACCCGCGUCCGACUCGAGAGCCACUUUCGCGGAAGUCGACAGACAGCCGCAUGGUAGCGCGCACGCGUUGGACAUCCCGAUUCACGCCCCGUUUGCAUCGUCUUCAUUGAUUGCUUUUCUGGCUUAUAUACUCGGAAUGCUUGCUUGCUAUUCUCCAUCUCAUGUUCGAGCUUUUCGUUCCCCAUCUGUCUGUCUGUCUGUCUAUCUGCCUGCCUGUCUGCCUGUCGACGUGCCUGCCAUUUAUCGCCUGAGCGGAAGCGGUGUGGCGUGUUUGAAGUUGAGUUGAGUGCCGAGCAAGGAGGCACAGUGGUCCAUUUGUUGUGGGUGAGUUUUGGGAUUUGUGAGAGGAGGAGGUGAGAGAGAGAGAGAGAGAAUACCUCGAAGAGUGUGGGAAUUGGUCGAAGGCGGUGGACGAGAAUUUGUGGCAGGUUUCUGAAGUUGUAGAGAGAUUGCAGGAGCGAGUUCGAGACGUCGUUGGCGCCGUGGUUGUUGGCGCAAUUGUGUCAAGGGGGGGAGCUAUAGAAGGAAGACUUGGUAAAUUGUGGUUCAAUUGGGUGCGACGGAUGUUUAGCUCUGCUCCAGGAGCAUUCCAAACCUGGACCUCCCCUCAUGCUACUUCGCUCUGUAGCUCUCCGUCUGCCAUUAUGAUCGAAGCCGGGCUCUCCACUGCUCUUACCCGGGGUGAUCUAGUGUUGCCACAGAUGUCCGCUUGCUCUUCCGGCACUCUGUGCAGAGCCUCCGAUUCAGCCAUGCUGGGCUCAGCUUUGCACCACACCCGCGUUAGUCUGCAACUCCCUUCCCAUGCUCCUCAGGUCGCUUUCGCCAGGCGCUACUUCACGGAGACUAAGCUUACUGCCAACAAAUGUCUCCAGAGGAGGUUUUCACUGGCUGUACGCGCUGUGAGCCAGCAAAAUUCGGUUCAGCAGCUGGAUUCGGCACAGUUGUCUAAUGGAUCCAGCGUCAGCAACGAGAGCUGCAAGGAGAGCAUCAAUUCUGCUCUCUCUGUGACAGAGAAGUUGCGCCCAGAACUUCUGUAUGUGCAACCCAAGGGUGUCCUUCCCCUGUCGUCGAAAGACCUUGAGAGUCCGGUUGAAAGAGAAGCCUGGGAGCUCCUUCGAGCGUCUAUUGUCACAUACUGUGGCAAUCCUGUUGGGACGCUCGCCGCUCUUGACCCAACCAGUCCAGAUCUCUUAAAUUAUGAUCAGGUGUUCAUCCGAGACUUCAUUCCCUCAGCCAUUGCCUUUCUGCUCAAAGGAGAGCAUGAUAUUGUCCGGGAGUUUUUGUUGAACACAUUGCGCCUUCAGAGCUGGGAGAAGACAGUUGAUUGUUAUGACCCCGGACAAGGCUUGAUGCCUGCCAGUUUCAAAGUGCGUACCGUUCCGCUCGAAGGAGACGAUCCACUCGCCACCGAGGAGAUCUUAGAUCCUGAUUUUGGCGAGGCAGCUAUUGGACGAGUCGCUCCUGUUGAUUCCGGUCUUUGGUGGAUCAUUCUUCUGAGAGCAUACGGGAAAUGCACCGGAGAUUAUUCUCUUCAAGAGAGGGUAGACGUACAAACAGGAAUGAAGAUGAUCUUGAAGCUUUGUCUGGCGGAUGGAUUCGACAUGUUUCCUACUUUACUGGUUACGGACGGUUCGUGCAUGAUUGAUCGUCGAAUGGGCAUUCACGGUCAUCCGCUGGAGAUUCAGGCUUUGUUCUACUCAGCUCUUAGAUGCUCUCGUGAAAUGCUCCUUCGAGAAGAUGGAGCGAUGGAGUUGUUGAGAGCAUUAACGUCUCGCUUGAGUGCUCUUUCAUUUCACAUUCGAGAAUACUAUUGGAUAGAUCUCAAAAAACUGAACGAAAUAUACCGUUACAAGACAGAGGAAUAUUCUCACGAUGCUGUGAACAAGUUCAACAUCUACCCGGAUCAGAUCCCUCCAUGGCUGGUAGACUGGAUGCCGGACGAAGGAGGUUAUCUUAUUGGGAAUCUUCAGCCUGCUCACAUGGACUUCAGAUUCUUUUCUUUGGGGAAUUUGUGGUCGAUUGUUACCUCACUGGCUACUUUUGAGCAGUCAGAGUCUAUUUUGAAUCUUAUAGACUCGAAGUGGAAUGAUUUUGUUGGCGCUAUGCCACUGAAAAUAUGUUUUCCAGCUUUUGAGUGUGAAGAGUGGCGCAUUAUCACUGGAAGUGAUCCGAAGAAUACGCCUUGGUCAUAUCACAACGGAGGUUCUUGGCCUGUUCUUCUCUGGCAGUUCACUGUGGCUUGCAUCAAAAUGGGUAAGCCAGAGCUCGCUGAACGGGCCAUUGAAGUUGCGGAAAGGAGAAUAUCGAAAGAUCGGUGGCCUGAGUAUUAUGACACACGUACGGGAAGGUUUAUUGGCAAGCAAGCCAGGCUUCACCAAACGUGGUCAAUUGCGGGUUUUCUGGUUUCGAAAAUGCUUUUGAAAAAUCCUCAGGCAGCUUCUUGGUUGACUUGUGAAGAAGAUUUGGAGCUGCUAGAGGCUUGUUCGUGUUUGCUGGAGAACAAUCCAAAGAGGAAAGGGAGGACCAAACCUGCGAAGAAGAGUAAAUUCCUCGUGUAAAUAUCUACUUGUAUAUUUGAGCAUUCAGCUAGUCGUGCGGCUCUGACGGAAACUUCAAUCGCCUAUUUACAAACUCAUCCGACAUUCUUUUAGUGCUGUUCUUGCUGAUUCGACGAGAUGUACAGAAUUCGACAGCAGGCUGUCAAGAAUAUCAGGUUAAAGUCCGCAGCCGGCGUAGCUCAACGAUAUGCAAAACAUUGUACAGAAAAAUUCAAGGGGCAGAUUUCUGUACGGAAGAAAUCUGACCUGGUUCACGGAUUCAGCAUUCAGGUCAUAAAUAAGGAUGAGAAAGUCAACCAUGCUUUUUACUCCUCUGAUACAGACAUUAGCGACUGUACCAGUGGUUGCUGUUGAAAUCGGACCUGCCAUAUAUUCUUGUUCCACUCUACAAUUCUGAAGAUAUGACUGGGAGACUUGCUAUCGCUGUCUGACGAGUGAAAUAGUUUCCAUGAAAUUGGAAAGGAGUCAAAAGUAGUGGAGAUGUGCAAGUUUUCUUACGCUGUCUCUCCCGUAGGAACCCUGUACCUCAUACACCAAAGCACCAUUUUUCCUUCGUAUGGGGCUUUUAAUGAAAAAUUAUUUUUUCACCUCC